AUGGCCCCGAAAAAGAAGUCAGCUAAGAAGCAAGCUGACGACUGGGAAGCGGAUCUCGGCGAGUCUAUUACACCUACAAACGGCCCGACUGAGGUUACCGCCGAGCCAAAUGCUGCACCUGAUACCCAAGAGGAUGAAAUGGGAGGCGGACUCUUAGCUGCUCUGAGGAAGAAUAAAAACAGGAAAGCAAAGAAGGGGAAGGCAGCCGAUAACGAUUUUGUCGAAGGCGAAGGCCCGACCUCUAAUACGGCUACAGACCUUGCUUCCAAACAACCGGAGGAGGCUACAUUUGACGAGGAUGAUGUCUUUGCCGGGUAUGCUAAGAAGGGUAAGGGAGCGGCUAAGAAAGAGACGCUGCCGACGAAGGCUGAGGUUGAAGAAGAAGAAGAGGGCAGCAGAAUGAAGUCAAAGAAAGAGAAAGAGCGGGAAAAAAAGGAGAAAGAGAAGCAGCGGAAAAAGGAACAGGCAGCGAAAAAGAAGUCUCAAGCGCCCACCGUGAAGGCAGAACCCGUUAAACCCGCUGCACCGGAACCCACGGCCGAGCCCAUCCCCGCUCCCGAGACAUCUGGAAAGAAGAAAAAGCUGCCCGCACACCUUGCAGCCAUUCAGAAGCAACAGGAACUGCUCCGGAAGCAACAGGAAGAGCGUGAGAGGGCUGAAUCAGAAAAUAAGGCUCGUGAAGAGGAGAGAUUGCGUAAAAUAGAAGAGGAGGAGCGUAAAAAGGAAGAAGCUCGUCAACGAAAGAAAGAAAAGGAACGAGAAAAAAAAGAACAACUCCGAAAAGAGGGAAAAUUGCUUACAAAGUCCCAGAGGGAGACAAAGGAACGUAAUGAAAUCCGUAUGAAGCAAUUGUUGGCUGCAGGUGGAAAAGUUGCUGGCCUGGAGAACGAAGGUGAGACGGUAGAGAAGAGAAAGCCAGUUUAUGAUAACAGAAAGAAACGGGGCCCUAAAAAACAAGAAGACGACCUGGAAGCCGCUGCUGCUAGGGCCGAAGCACAACGCCAGGCUGAUGAAGAGGAAAAGAAGAGGCAAGAGAAAGAAGAGAAAGCUCGGGCGGCUGCUGAAGCAGCAGCGAAAGCUGAAGAGGAAGAAAUAGAUGAUGGUAUUAAGGACAGCUGGGAUGCUCCCUCGUCUGAUGAAGAGGGCGAAGAAAAGACUUCACGGGGAUCAGAAGAAAAUGCAGAAACGUCUACUGAGUUACAUAAAUCUACCGAAUCGGCAGACGAAUCUGAAUCCGACGAAUCCGACGACGAGGAGGAGACAACAGCUGCCCAACGAGCGAUUGCGCAGAGAAAAGCCGAAGCUGCUGAGCGAAGGAGGAAACAGCACGAGGAGGCUCUUGCAGCUAGGUCUAAAGACGACUUGCGAUCGCCUAUUUGUUGUAUUCUUGGACAUGUCGAUACCGGCAAGACAAAGCUUCUCGAUAAGAUUAGACAAACGAAUGUCCAAGAAGGAGAAGCCGGCGGUAUCACUCAACAAAUCGGUGCUACGUACUUUCCGACUGAAGCGAUUCGCCAAAAGACUGCAGUUGUAAACAAAGAUGGGUCAUUCGAAUUCAAAGUGCCCGGUUUAUUGGUUAUUGAUACCCCAGGUCACGAGUCGUUCUCUAACCUACGCUCCCGAGGCUCAUCUCUUUGCAAUAUUGCCAUUCUCGUGGUCGAUAUCAUGCACGGUUUGGAGCCACAAACUCUGGAGUCUAUGAGGUUGCUUAGGGAUAGAAAAACCCCAUUUAUAGUCGCGCUAAAUAAGAUUGAUCGUCUUUAUGGCUGGAAGAAAAUCGAUAACAAUGGCUUCCGGGACAGUCUAGAACUCCAAAACAAAGGUGUCCAGAACGAAUUCCGGGAUCGCCUUGAUAAAACAAAGCUUGCAUUCGCAGAACAAGGGUUCAACUCUGAACUAUUCUGGGAAAACAAAUCCCUUGCCCGUAAUGUCUCCUUGGUGCCAACAUCAGCUCAUACCGGCGAAGGUGUGCCGGACCUUCUAAAACUGCUUGUUUCGCUUACACAGGAACGCAUGACGAAUAAGUUGAUGUAUUUGUCAGAGGUCGAGUGUACUGUUCUUGAAGUGAAGGUUAUUGAAGGCUUAGGUACCACUAUUGAUGUUGUUCUGUCGAAUGGCAUUCUUCGUGAAGGCGAUCGUAUAGUUUUGUGUGGCCUUAACGGUGCGAUCACGACGAACAUUCGAGCACUUCUGACACCGGCUCCUCUUAAGGAACUACGUAUUAAAUCACAGUACGUCCAUAACAAGGAAGUCAAAGCUGCUUUGGGUGUUAAGAUUGCAGCAAACGAUCUUGAGCAUGCCAUUGCUGGAUCUAGAUUGAUGGUUGUCGGUCCUGAUGAUGACGAAGAAGACUUAGAAGACGAGGUCAUGUCUGAUCUAGAGAAUCUUCUCAGCAAAGUAUCCAAAGAUAACCGUGGUGUCAGCGUCCAGGCUUCUACCCUCGGCUCACUCGAAGCUCUUCUCGAGUUCCUGCGAGUCUCUAAAAUUCCAGUGGCAAACAUUUCUAUCGGCCCUGUGUAUAAACGAGAUGUGAUGCGCGCAGGAACAAUGUUGGAAAAGGCAAAACAAUUUGCCGUCAUGCUAUGUUUCGAUGUUAAAGUUGACAAGGAAGCGCAGGCCUACGCAGAUGAGGUUGGAAUUAAGAUCUUCAAAGCGGAUAUUAUUUAUCAUUUAUUUGAUGAUUUCACGAAGCACAUGGAGGAAUUGUCGGCCCAGAAAAAGGAAGAGAGCAAACUCCUUGCUGUCUUCCCGUGCGUUUUACAACCCGUCGCUGUUUUCAAUAAGAAAGACCCUAUUGUCAUUGGUGUGGAUGUGAUUGAAGGUAAUUUGCGAUUGCUCACCCCGAUUGCUGCGGUCAAGACCAAUGCAUCCGGCGCAAAGGAAAUAUUCAAUUUGGGAAGAGUACAAUCUAUUGAGCGUGAGCAUAAACAAAUCCCAAUGUGCAAAAAGGGCCAGCCUUCUGUUGCUAUCAAAAUCGAAGGACCCAACCAACCACUAUAUGGACGUCAAUUGGAAGAAGGCGACACGCUGUAUUCCCUUAUUUCUCGACAAAGUAUUGAUACCCUAAAAGAAUUCUAUCGGUCAGAGGUCUCUAUGGAGGAAUGGGCGUUGAUCAAGAAGAUGAAGCCCAUGUUUGAUAUCCCGUGA